CAGAAAACAUGGCGGCUGUGGAAGAAGAACUAACGGCUGGAACUUCAAGAUUGAGUACAAAGGAAAAAAUUGAGCGAGGAGUCACUCUUAAAGUGGAGGGGAACGAAUAUUUCAAGAAAAAAGACUACAGGGAUGCAAUGAAAAGUUAUCAUAAGGCAUUACUGCACGUGAAAGGGCUUAUCGAUCGGCCGUUUGUAUUUGGACUGGACUCGGCCGGGAGAGACAUUUCUGAGGAAGACAAAGAAAAAAUUUACCAAGUUCAGUUUAGUUGCUACAACAAUUUAGCCGCUUGUUUACUCAAAGACAAUCGUUGGGAUCGGACAAUACAUUACUGCAAUGAGGCCCUAAAAAUUCAACCAUCAAAUGCCAAAGCCUUGUUUAGAAGAGGCCAAGCUUACUUCCAUCUAAAUGACCUAGAGAAAGCAGAAAGAGACUUAAAAGCUGCAGAGGAAUUGGAACCUGAAGAUUCGAGUAUAAAGAAAAUGCUGGCAUCUCUAGAUGUGGAGUUGAAGAAGAUGAAAGAAAGAGAGAAAAAGAUAUAUGCAGGAAUGUUUGAUAGGCAUAACAAACCAGAAUAAAAAUUCUUUGUAUAGAGUUUUUAUAAAUGCUGAUUAUGAGUGUUUGGUAUUUACAUUCCACAGACUGUCUAUACUUUAUGGUUAUGAAGACCUGUAUUUUUAAAAAAAAAAGUA